AUUUUCAAAUAAAUAUUUUAUGAGGGAUGAAUAUGUAAAGUUGCUUGAAAUUUUAUGGGCCACUAAUAAGAGCCCAUGGGCGGCGCCUACCGGCCCAUGACGUCAUUGCUGGCGCUUAAGCGCGGUUCAUUGCGUAUAUGAUCAUGAUGUUCUCAAAGCUCGGCAGCCGGCUCUUCGCCAUUGUUGCACUCGGUUCUCCAUGGGGUGUAAAGGAAUCCUUGGCUUCGAUUACGGCAUCGUGCAGGCGCCCCUCGGCCCUGACAUCUCUGGGCCGGAACUCGUUGCCGCCGUUGCAAACGCUGGCGCGGUUGGGCUCCUCCGAGCACCUGACUGGGAAGCACCUGAUUAUCUGAGGGAAUUAAUAAGAAAAACAAGAACUUUGACAAGUAAACCAUUUGGCGUUGGUGUUGUGCUAGCGUUUCCACACAAGGAAAAUAUGAAGGUUAUAUUGGAAGAGAAGGUUGCCAUGGUGCAAGUUGCAUGGGGAGAAUACCCAAGGGAGCUAGUAUGUGAAGCUCAUGAGGCAGGGGUCAAGGUUGUUCACCAAAUUGGCCACUUUGAGGAGGCAGAGAAAGCUAAGAAUGCUGGUGUUGACGCAAUUAUAGUUCAAGGUCAUGAGGCUGGAGGGCACGUCAUUGGUCUGGAUGGCUUGGUAUCUCUUGUGCCUAGAGUGGUAGAUUUGGUUUCCAGUUGUGGCAUUCCUGUAAUUGCUGCUGGAGGCAUUGUAGAUGCGCGAGGCUAUGCUGCUGCGUUGGCGCUUGGUGCUCAUGGUAUCUGCAUGGGAACUAGGUUUGUUGCUACACUGGAAAGUUUUGCUCACCCAUUGUAUAAACAAAGCCUGGUUGAAUUAGAUGAAACUAAGUACACCAAUAUAUUUGGUCGUUCAAGGUGGCCUGUACCACAUCGUGUGCUGCAAACAUCGUUCUUCACUGAAAAUGGGCAACUUCCUGACCAUGAAAAUGAGGACAACAAGCCCAUUAUAGGGCAUGCUGUAAUUAAUGGCAUAGAGAAAGACAUAAGGCUCUUUGCGGGCACUGUUCCAAAUGCUAGAACAACAGGCGACGUUGAAAGAAUGGUUAUGUACGCAGGUGAAGGUGUUGGCCUUAUUAAGGACAUUGUUCCUGCUGGUGAAGUGGUAAAGAGGCUAGUUGAAGAAACAAAACAUCUGAUUCAGCAACUUCUGAAUGCUUGAUGCAAUGAAAGAAUGGUGCAUUUCCACAUCUGCCUCCUGAAAUAGUCUCACAGGUGCAAUUCUAGUCACUGUAUCCUCCAAAGAUGGCAAACGGAGAGCUUCAGGACCAG